GUUUCAGAAACUUCAUCUUGCUUAGACAGGAAAAAAAAAAUGAUAAUAAAGAAGAUGAAUUUGUUUUCCAUCUUUGCCUUGUGUCUAACUCUUCUUCGUCUCGGGGACGGCAGGACGCUGAGGGUUAUCAAACCAAACGUUAUUGCUUUGGAAGUCAAUGGAAACCCAAUGGAACAAAAGACCACAGUGGGAUUGAGUUGUGGUGAUGAGUUUGAAGACACCGAGAUCCACUGGAGGAAAAAUCAACGCCACAUCCACGCCAAGGGGAACAGGAUAGACGUCACUAUCGAGGCGAUGCUGGGAGGAAACUUCACCUGCCACAGCGCUUCAGGAGACGUUCUGAACCACACGCUGGUGCUGGUCAGUCCACUGGACUUUGAGAAGGCCAUUCUGCUACAAAAUGAUAACAAAGAAUUCGUUACAUGUGUAGCACGAAACUACAGCGGUCCGUUCCACUGCUCAUGGAAAUGGGAUCCGAUAAGGAAUGGAGUCGUGGUGUUUUUCCAAGCUUUCCGGAACUCGAGCGUCAUCAACUGCUCCCUGGAUGCUGAUAACACAGGGCUGACUUGUGAAGAGCUCCAGUGUCCUUUCUCUGAGGAGGUGACCCGCAUUAACCUGACCCUGCUGGUCCGGAACCAGUACCGCUUAGAGGAGCACCAAAGAACUUUCUUCAUCCAUGACAUAAUCAAGCCGGGAAAGGUCGACAUCACCAAGGCCGAGAACAACGAGUUUGAGUGGGAAGUCCCCAAAACAUGGAACCGGCCGUGUACGUUCUUCCCUCUGCAAUAUGAAGUGAAAGUGGUGUCACAUCGCAAGGACUGUGAUGAGACAUCGCAUGACCACGAAGGAAACCAUUCACACAGCCAGUACGUGACUGAGACCCGUUUUAAGGUCUCCGGGAGGAAGAGUUACACGUUCUGCGUGAGAGCUCAGGACUCCUUCACCAAUAAAGUCUGGAGUGACUGGAGCCAGCACAAGGUCAUCAAACAAAAAUCGAAGAAAUAAAAGGGCAAGAAGAAAACAUCCCACUUCUAUCUGACCAUUUACUGUUUUUCCAGUAUGAUAACUAUAUCAGUUAAUAAUAUUAAUAUUAUUAUGUAAUACAGUGGUGUGCUAUUUUAUUCCUCUUAUCUUUUAUCAAUUUGUCAAUAUUUAUUAUUUAUUAAAG